AUGGCUUUGCUGAAGAACAAGCCGAUCGCAGUCCUAGCGGAUGACGAUGGCGGACCAGUGAUCAUCACAUAUAGCGACUUGCAGAAGCGCUUCAGGUUCGCUGUCUACAACCCGCUGAACGCUUUUACAGAGCUCCCGAAGAUUCUGCGAGAGCUAUCGGAGGGCCAAGCAACUAUCCUGGCGGAGCAAAAGCGAGCUGCAGAUUCUGAGCUGAGGCUGCCACCUAGCGAUGGAUGCAAACAGAAUGGACCUUGGUUGCUCGACUGUGUGAAGCCAGUGGUCAACCUUGGUCUUGACUUCGGUGGUCCAGCUGGCAUUGCUUGUUCAGACGGGUCGCCACGAAUUAAUGAGACAAAAGAGGAGUUUCGCAGCUAUAUUGAUAAGGUCUCGGGUCAAAGUCAGCUUGUUGGCGAGAGCUGGGCAGCUAUCAUGACUCCAUGUACUGCAUGGCACGCUCGUCCAGCAUACCGUUACGAUGGCAACUUCACAAACGACCCAGCACACCCUAUUCUAUACAUUGCAGACACCGUAGAUCCGGCAACGCCGCUACCGAAUGCUUUCAAAAUGGCCGAGCGUUCGAAAAGAGCCUCAAUCCUGCAUCAAAAGUCCGAAGGCCACUGCUCGCAUGCAGCCCCGUCUAUGUGUACUGGCAGAGCGAUUCGACGGUACUUCCAGGAAGGCGGCGUGGCAAGCGAGAGUGAGGAUAUGCACGUCCAGUCCUGUCGACCUGACAGAAAGCCAUUCGAUGGCUACACAGGUGAACAUGAGCCGGCUCUACCUAAAGGUGAGACCGAUGAAGCUUUGUGGCGUGCACUUGUUGGCAUCAAUCGAGGCUGGCAUGAUUGGUGA